GCAGCGGUUUUGGCGCAGCGUGAUAUGAAGCCCGGCAACCCGAGUUCGACACCUGGCCACGCUAACAUCGUUUGGCCCGACUUGCUGAGCCGGCACCGCAAUGAUGGCUUGCGGCGCGAGCCGAGGCCACGGAAUGGGAGGAGGAGGAGGAGGAGGAGAAGGAGGGUGGCAGGGCAUGGGGCUGAUGGCGGUGCCGUUCCCCGAGCACGCACGCGACGUGCUGGCCUCACUAGACGAGCUCCGCCGGGCCGCCCGGCUCUGCGACACGCAGGUGAACGUAUCGGGGCAGCUCUUCCCAGCUCACCGUGCCGUCCUGGCCGCGAGCAGUGGCUACUUCCGCAAGCUCUUUGAGAACGAGGAUCGUCACGGGGUGGUGCGGCUGGAUUUCGUGGAGGCCGAGGCUUUCUCGCGCCUGCUCGAGUUUGCGUACACGGCCACGCUGACGGUCGAUCCCGCGCGCAUAACGAGCCUCCUCGAGGCGACGCACCUCCUGGAGUUUGGCCAGGUGGCCAGCGUCUGCUCGGACCUCCUGGGCGCCUCCGCAGAGCUCGGCAAUGGCGCGAGCGACGUCGCGGUGCCGAGGCGGGAAGACGACGACGACGGCGAAGUCGCCGACGACGCCUCUCCUGCCGCCAGGCCCAGGGAGGAGUGGCUCACGAGCCACGCGGUAGAACGCGCGGGGGAACGCUCGCUCCGCGACGAUCGUCCUCUCGACGCGCGGGCAGCGCCACCGCCGUCGACGGGGCCGCACGCACGGGAAUCCGAGGCAACGGUUCAGAAGGACUGCGUCCGCGGGACCAUGCUGAGCCAGCAAAGGACAAAGAAAUCGAGAGGGAAAACAAAACUCGCGGCAGGCGGCGCCGACGCAUCGAUGGACGGUGGCGUUCGUGACAACGGCGAGGAUUUGGCCUUAGACCUGAGCUCACGGCCAGAGGACAAGAAGAGGCAGGCACGCAAGCCGAAACCGGCGCUCAUCCCGUCAUCGCAGGAUCUCCUGAGUCCGGCGAUUCUGCGUCAGAAGAGUGGGGAUGUGAUGGAUGACGCUGCUGGGGCGAUCCUGGAAACCGGACUGCAGAUGAGCUGGGGGUAUGGGCCCGAGGGGUCCUACGAUGCUCCGAGGGCCCCCAAAGUGUGUCAACCGUGCCCCAUCUGUAACAAGAUGAUCAGGGGUGCUGGGAAGUUGCCGCGUCACAUUCGCACCCAUACGGGAGAGCGUCCCUACCCGUGCCAUCUCUGCGGAGUGCGCUUCACCAGGCAAGACAAACUCAAGCUGCACCUGCAGAAACACGAGCGGCUCGGCAGCUGUCGCGCCGGCCGCGUGAAGCCCACGCACUACGGAACUCUGUAGUCAUCGUCGGCGCCGCUUCUUGGUCUUUUGUUAAAGUCACCACCGCUUUCGGUGGUUGGGUAGAAGAGGAGCCGUUUAUUUACGGUCAACCGAGCGGCAGCAAUGCGAAUGCACUGCUGCAGAUGCAAUGCGACCGUGAAAUGUGGGGUUUGCGACCUCUACCGCUACCUGGUGUCAAGUAUUACAAAUCAAACGCUGUUAUAAUGACCACGGCUAUGAAAAUGUUUGUUUCUGUAUCAUAUGUAGAUGUGAUAUACAGUCGUUGACUUUUGAUUGCAUUAAUGGAUUGCCUGUUUGAAUAUUUUUUCAAGCUCUGUACCAAAGCAGUAUUUAUAUGUAUCAGAAUGCAAUUAUCCUGUGGAACACAUAACGCAUUUCUUCGUGAUGCUUUUAAGGGAGUGAAUAAUUUAUGAUAGCUCUGGCUGUGAACACUGUAUUUGCCUAUAUUGUUCUUACAAGUAUUUCACUGAGCAACACAGGAAUGAUAACAAUGACCAAUAAUAAUACACAGCCUCACUGACUCUCAAGGCUAUUUUUCAGUAGGGUCCUGCAAUGCAUUGGGAUGUUUGGCAACGUCUACUCAUGAUUGUCUGGAAUUAUUAUGUUUAUAAUUUAACAUUGCUGGAGGGGGGGGGGGCAAAUGGGCGCCACGGUGACGAGAUGUUAACUACCUCGCCUGGUAUGCAGGAGGUUGUGGGUUUGAUCCCGACUCUGACGCCUGCUGCUGUAUAUUUGGAGUUUGCAUGUUCUGCCCGGGGCGGUGUGGAUUUUUCUCGGGGUGCCCCGGUUUUUCCCUCCACAUUUAGAAACAUGUGCUUCAAGUAUUUGGUUGAUAUACAUUUCCACGCGAUAAGCCACUUCGUUGAGCUAUCAUUUGUGGCCAGGUUGCUUCUGAGUGGACCUUACCUGGUAAAAUAAAAUAGCAAUUGUUAAAAUAGUUUAAACUUAAAGUCCAGUGGAAUGGCGGCUCAGUGGUCCACGCACUAAGCUGUCACUAUGAAUGGUGACCUCAGUUUGAGUCCUGAUCUUGGCCAACAUCGGUGGCGAGCUAUAAUGGAACGAGCUGUCUCUGUCUUCACCCCUUCUCCAACCCCACACUCGCCAGCGUUGUACAUCAAUGACUGUCAAGGCAUUGGGGGAGCCCCUCGUCCAGCAGUGGAUUGAUAAAUGGCUGUAAAUUAUAUUUGUGUAUAUAUCUAGAAAAAAUAAAGUUUGUGUUCUGUUACAUUCGGUAGACCUCCUUGUGCUGUCGUCAAACUCCUGUGUU